GUAAACAUUACAUAGCGUGUAGGAUUAUGUCAAAAUUUUGUUAGCGACUGCAUAGAACACCAUCGCUAACAUUUAUAAAAUGAAUUACAUAUUUUAUUCACAAGGUAAAAGCUAUAUAAUUUGAAAAAAAGGUAUCAGAAAUAUGUCAUCAGGUGAGGUUGUACAACAAUCUAAGACUCUCAUGGAUCGACCAGCUCGAUUGCAAGUUGAUCCUGAGUCAAUAGCUGAGGAUGAUAAACCACCACAAACAGGAAAUGCAUUUAAUAUAUGGUAUUUGAAAUGGUCUGGAGGUGAAUCUUCAUCCAAGAGAAAUCAAAUCAAACUGAAAUUUAAAGUAAAUAUCAAACAAGAUACAGGAUAUACAAGAGCUAAGUUAUCAAGUCCAAUAUGUUUAUUUUUUGCUCGUGGGUGUUGUUAUAGAGGUAAGAAAUGUCCAUAUUUCCAUCGUAUACCGUUGGAUGUUGAUUCAUUUUUACCUACUCAAGAUUGUUUUGGUCGUGAUAAAACAGCUGAAUAUAGAGAUGAUAUGGAUGGAGUAGGAUCAUUUAAUAAAAUCAAUCGAACUUUAUACAUUGGAGGGUUACAUAUGAAAGAUAAUAUGGAAAAUAAAAUCAUUAAGAAUUUUCAACCUUUUGGUGAUAUUGAAAAAGUUCGGGUAUUAUAUAAUAAAUCGUGUGCAUUUGUAACUUUCAGGUUAGAAUCAACCGCUCAGUUUGUUAAAGAAGCAAUGGCUGAUCAAUCGUUGGAUAAUGGGAAUGAAGUGUUGUACAUAAGGUGGUCAAAUGAAGAUCCAAAUCCUCAUGCUCAAAGACAAGAAAAGAGAAGAUUAGAAGAAAUUGCUAUUAAUACUGUUAAGAAUCUUCUAGAAUCGGUUCAAGAUAGUGAAAAUAAGAAACGGAAAGUUGAAAUUCAGGUAGAAGAACCUGAAGAUGAAGAAGCUGAGUCUGAGAAUGUCCAUGAGAUUAAACAAAUAGAGGCUUCUAUACCAGUUAAUCAUGGUAUAACAUUCAAUACAACUUCAUUGGAAACUUUGUCAAAACUACGAGCUAAGCAAAUUGAAAAAGAAACUAAAAAUGCUGUUGCUAAUGCUAUUGGAGGUUAUUCCAGCGAUGAUGAUGAUGACGAUGCCUAAUGAUUUAUGAACUAAAAUAAUUUAUAUUUUAUCUA